AUGAAUACAUCCAGAAAAGAUAAGGAUAUCGAAGAAAAGAAGAACAAGAACAAGAAAACAACACAAAAAAGAAAUACAACAAGAGUUUCUAAAGUGAAAUCAGAGAAAGGAGCCAUAUUGAUUAAUCGAUCAAACUUCUUCUUGAACUCUAUCUUAAAGAGCACCGAAGAAAUAGUAAAGAUGGAUUUUAACUUAAUUAUCCUAACAUUUUUUGGAUACGGCACAAUAUUUCUGUUGUCGCUAGUCGGAAAUUCUCUCCUUAUACACAUUAUACGAACAGACACUUCCAUGAAGACUACAAUUAAUUACUUGAUUUUAAACCAAGCUUGCGCUGAUCUUCUCAUUCCAUUCAUGCGGUUGAUGGAAAAUCUUCGUUACAGUUCUUAUCAUGGAUUGUGGUUUGGAGGAAAUAUGGGUCACAUUACUUGCAAUUUAUAUCUUGCAAGCUUUUUUGUCCUUCCAUCUUUUUCCAUUUUUCUACUUGUAGCAAUUGCUGUCGAUCGCUUCUACGCAGUAUUUCGACCUUUGGAUAAGACGCCGAUUUCUCGAAACAUAAAAAUAGUAAUUCUGCUAUUGUGGACAUGCUCACUCAUUAGUCCCACAGCCGUUUUUACUAACCGGCACCUAGAGACUAAGAAUAACUCUUACUUCUGCCAACCGAGCAAGUUUAUGGAACUUUAUGAAGGGAAAAAAUUUAAUGUCAUAUCAUUAACCCUUACCGUCGUCAUUCCCCUGACGCUUUUGGCAAUUCUAUACAUUGGAAUAUGCAUCAAACUAUGUUCACGUCAGGCACCCGGAGAAGGAGCAAGUCAAAACCAACGCCAGCUCCAAAUUAUAGCGACAGCAAGAAAGGUUACCCUGAUGAUGAUCGCAAUCGUUGUUUUAUUCCUCAUCUGCUGGUUUCCUUUCUAUAUUUCGAUGGUACUGUUAUAUCUCGGCUUUGUGCAAAAGAAGGCAAUUUUAUUUUCAGUUUGGUUAUCGGUCUCCUUCAGCGGCAUCAAUCCUUACGUUUAUUUCGCCUUUAGUGCAAACUUUAGAAACGGAUUGAAACAUUUUUGGGGAAAUAUUCGUAUUUUUCCAUUAAGAUCCGAGAGUAUGGAGCUUCAGCAAUUAUAGAAUUACGCUUUGAUCUAACUAAUGGAAAAAAAAGAAGAGUUCACGUGCUUAAAAUCAACAUAUCGAGAAAAACGAGAAAAAAAGGAAAGCAAAAACUUCCAUAAGAGUUCUGAAGGUCAAAUCAGAGAAAGGAAUCGCAUUGAUUAAUCUCUCAAACUCCACGUCCACUCUAUCUUAAACAACACUGACAAAUUAAAGCGGCAGAGACGGAAUCUUAUCUACUGAUUCUCAACACAAUAUUUCCAGAGUCACUAUUUGGAAAUUAUUUCCAACUUGAAAUUAUUUUAAUUAUACACAUAAUAAGAAAAUAGACGUCCAUGAAAACUGUUAUAAAUUACUAGAUCUCAACUCAAGCUGGCGCUGAUCUUCUAAUUACAUUCGUGUUCAUGAUGAAUGCCGUUCGUGUCAAUUCUUACCACGGAUUGUGUUUGGUGGAUACAUAGGAAACAUUACUUGCAAGCUACAUGAAUUUCAUGGAAGCCUUUAUGUCCUCCAAUUUUUUCCUACUGUUGGCAAUUGCAAUCGAUGGCUUUUACGCAGAACUUGACCUUUGGAUGAGAUGCCGAUUUCUCGCAACAUUAAAAAAGCAGUUCUGACAUUGUGGACAUGCUCACUUAUUUUUUUUUGGUACUCGUUUUUGCAAACAGGCACCUCGAGACUCAGAAUAGAUCUUACUUCUGUCAUAUGCAUAGGCCCUUGGAGUUUUAUAAAGGGACAAAAGUUAAUGUUAUAUCGUUGAAACUUGCCGUUGUCAUUCCUCUGACACUUUUGGCAAUUCUAUGCUCAAUAUUUAACUAUGGUCAUGUUGGGCACCUUGAAAAGAAGCCAGUCAAAACCAACACCCGUUCAAAGCUAUAGCAACAGCAAGGAAGGUUACCCGGAUAAUGAUCGCAGAAGUUGUUUCAUCUCUCAUUUGGUGGGUUCCUUUUAAUAUAUUGGCCACACUCUUGUAUCUCGGCCUUGUAAGAUACACAGCGGUUCUUAUUUCCAGUUUUGGUCAUAUCUCUUGUAUCUUGGCCCUGUGAGAUACAAAGCGAUUUAUUUCCAGUUUAGUUACAUCUCUUAAAGCGGCUUUAAUUUUUGUAUUCAUUUCGCCUUCUGUGCAAUGGAUUGAAAAAUUUGUUCUAAAAUAAUCGUAUUUUCCGUUUUGAUCCGAAAGCAUGGAGCUUUAGAAAAUUUAGCGUUCGGAAAUUAUUUCUUUCUUACAGGUAGAUAUUACGAAAGGAAAAUCAUUUGGACGUA